AUGCCAACCACUUUUGAGCUGGCGGAAUAUGUAGAAGAUGUGAUAGGCAGCGAGCGCGAGGCGUGGGAAUAUUUCAUGAAGCUGAAGUACUUUUCAGCUGACCUUUAUAUAGCCGAGAUGAUAAGUAUAAGCACAACAGAUCGUAUAAAAGAGUGGGAACGCCGCGCCAUAAAAGACUUCGGGCGGGACUUCACGCACGUGGUGGUGGAUUUGGGACGAAUGGAGCCUUUACCGGCGUUCGCUCGUGACAGUAGCGGUAAACUGCAAGAGCGGGAGCUGAAAGUGGAGUGUCUACAUUUUGGUAUGCAUGACUGUGACUUUCUGUUGCCGUUGAAUUUUGCACCAAUUCCCAUAUCUGCCACGAGCAUGGACACGAUGGUUCAUCGUGCAGUCAUCUUCAAGAUCGUGAUGGGUCGGUCGAUGACCUACACAUCGAAUAAAAUGGCGAGCCUUCCAGACCACCUAGACUCCGUGGUUUACCAGACGGAUGUACAGCAGAUCGACCCAGAUGUGAGCCAGAUGUUUGAGCAAGUUAAAGCAGUGGAUCGUCCCUUUUUCUAUGAUGAGAAGACGCACUUGCAGUCGAAAAAUAAGGCCGUCUCAACCGCUCUGACGAACCAGUGCUGGGUCCGUCUGAAGUUGCCAGAGGUACAGGCGAUUCCUGUGUACCUCUGCACAGUUGACUUUCGGCCUGUUCGCGUGGAAACAUCGAUGCCAGUCUGUGAUGCGUGCAGCGUUUCGUCUGCGACGGUGUAUUGUUCGGCAGACAAGUCGCAUUUUUGCAGCAGCUGUGAUGUGGCGCAUCACUCGCGGUCCACCGUGGUGGCGCGUCACGUUCGUUGCUCUGUCACCGAAAGCCCGCACAUGUUUGGCAAUUGUAGUGAGCACCCAUCGGCAGUGAUUGACGCUGUUUGCGAAGGGUGUUUCCAAACACUUUGCAGCUACUGUCUUUUGUUGGGGAACCAUGCCUUGGUGGCCAAUCCUAGAGAGCAUCCCCUGGUGUCCACCUUUGAAGCAUACAAACACUGUCUCUCGGGUGACAGUGACGUCGACCAGACCCUGCGCGCUAUGAGAGCGAACAUCGGCAAGAAAAUGGACCAUUUGCAGUUCGGUCUGACCCAGUCUAUACGGAACUUCAAGAGCAUUGCCAAACAGCUAGAGGAGGUCAAGAGGGAGACAGUACAUAAGAUCGACAGUUUGUACUCAAAUGCGCGUCUUAGAUACCUCGAGGGUAUCAGAAAGGAGUUUGUGAUGGAACUGUUGUUUUGGAAAUUGGUCGAGGACUUUUGGAGCCAUGUCUCCAAGACCCUGCCUCCUGCUAUGUACUUACAUUACCGGCGGAAAUUAAGCAGGCUCGUGCACAUCUGGGCAUCCUCGGACAUGGCUUCUUAUGCCGGCGACACGGUGACCUCAUUUCCCCCCUCCUUGUACCAGGCUCCGACAUCCGUUCAUCUUCCUUCGCUCUUUCCCUCUUGGUGGUCUUCCUCUGGCCAGAACGGUGUCGAUCCGACCCAAGUAGCAGGGGAUAACGACGGUGCGCAGCGCAAGAAGUUUAAUGCAAGCACGCUAGUUCCUGCAAUAAUAGUGGAAGGCAGCCUCGUAGUUAGCCCCAUCAACAAGGACGCCUGGAUCGGGAACGAAGUGUUUGGCCCCACUGCCCACGAGCUGGACGACGAUUUGGUCAUGGACAGCUGGGAGAAGACCUGCGAAAAUGUUCUGCCCUCUCCUACCAUCACGGACAAUGUGGCGGUUCUCGGCGAGAUUGCAGGCCACGACGACGUGGCGGAUGACGGUGAUCGGUACCUCAUCAACCAGGCGGAGCUCGAAGUCAAGUCGCCGGACGAAGUCAUGAAGCAAUCCACCCACAUUCCCAAGUGCAAGAUUAUCUGGCAGGUCCUCAGCGACCACGAGUUCCAACUACUCCGGAAACUGCUCUAUGCUCCAGACUCGGAACUGUCCUUCUCCGUCAAGAUGGAGCUGGCCGACGCCGUCGUGGACCUUGCGCUCUACUUCGGAGAUGUCACCAACGUACUGACCAUCCUCUUUUGUCAGACGUAUAUCCGAAUGUUUCGGAGAUGUGCCCGUGCGCCCUUCAUGGAUUACGAUACCUUCCGUCAGUCCACACUGGACUGCGACCUUCUUGUGGACCCAUUACUGGGCGAGUGCAUCUCUCACGUCCUAGACGGCAACCCGGCCCUUGGGAACAACUUUGGAGGCAUGCUCUCCAACGACGACGCUAGUAGUCUCAUAGCAACUAUUAUUCCGUUCCUGCAGUCUCUCGCCUCCAAGAUAACCGUAUCCGAUCUCAAGGAAGAGAACGACCAAAAGACGCCUACUUUGGAUCCCAGUUUGGACGCACGUUUGAACGGAAGUUUCGAGUCAUCACAGGAGGUUGUGGGCGAUUUGACGGAGGAAUCGUUUAGAAAGUUGAGUGACUAUGAUGAGUGGUGUGUGGAUGACGAGACCAUGAACUUCAUCAAGGCUCUGACAUCGAAGCUGACGACGUUGUCAAAGUUACCGGUUUACGUGCAGGCGAUUAUCUGUAUCGCACAUCAAUCUUACGACCACCUGCUGGACCUCUCACGUCUCGGUCUGCUGCAGACGGUGGACGCGAUGUGGUCGGCGGACGAGCCGUGUCGGUUCCACAACUUGCCGAGUCAACUGAACCAGCGCGCACCUGCAGGAGUGGCCGUGCUUUGCAUCCUGAGUUACAUCUAUUCCAAAGCCAUUCUUGCCGUGGGCCGACGACUGGAGAAGGAAGCUGAAGACCGAGGCGACCGCCUGCGGCUUUCGCUAGCGGCCCGGUGUUUAGCACAGCGGCUGCACGGCAUCGGCUUCCAUGCAUUCGUCGAGUGUUUACAUUAUGUCGACAAGUCUCGGCGCCGUCGCGACUUGGAGUUGUUGGUGGGCACCGAUCUGGGGACACAGCUGGACACGGAACUCGGGGCUGGUGAAGAGGGUAGCGUCUACAUGCGUGCGGGCCAUGCGACUGCGCGUUGGAUGCUACACUCUGUCGCUCGGAAUCUGCGCGGAGAUGACAGUAAAGUCAUCAAUCCCCCACUUCAGUUCCGAGGCUCCGACGUCGACCGAAUUAACGUCAUCCGACACGCCGGAGACGUCUGGAUCGAGGCAGCGCCGCACUUCGAACAGGCGAAAGACAACAUGGAAUUCUACUCCUGCACUCUUUCCUCUCAAGAUCGCGAAGGACUACAGAAACUCAUCCGGCUUGCCAACCUUGAACCAUCUGCUGAGGACACAAACCCCGCGCAGGACAACAUAGUCCCCACCGGAAAGGUAGACGAGGUUCCUACAGGUCCGGACAUGGUCUAG